CUAUAUCCUGCGCGGCUUCGCGCCAAUCGCGUGGCGCUGUUUCGGAGCGGCGGGAAGCAUGGCGCGCGCUAUUUCCCGCAGAAUCUCGCAGGCGCGCCGGACUGGCGCCGCAUUUCCCUGCGGCGGCCGGGGCGCCCCCUUCAGCCUGCCGCCGGCGCGCAGACUAAUUAAUUUUCCACGCCGGCCGGCCACGGCUUUUGCUCCCGACUUCCUGCCCUCUGCCCCGGAUGGCAGGCUGGCCGAAC